UCGGAGCGAGCAAGCAAGCGCGGACCGACAAAAAAAGAACUGCAGUUUUUUUUUUUUUGUAUUCCCUCCCCUCGUGCGGAGGCAGAACACUGGCGGUACUUGUCAGGGUGGUCCCGACACUCGGCGAGGCUGCACGAGAGAGGAGCUUCAACACAGACGGAAAUACUGAUCAGUUGAAAAGCACGUCUUUCUGACCGAUGUCUGCUGGACGAAAGGGAUGUCCUUGGAUGACUGCGGCGAAGUUCUGCACCUGCAGAUGAGCACGGAAUUACCUGUUUGCUGAACUUGUUGCUGUAUUGUACCCGACCUUUUGUGGAAAUAAUUUCGGAGACUUUUUUUGUUACCAGUAUCUGGCAGGAGACCGUGGUUUUGCCAGCAGGAUUGUAACAUUUUUCAGGCACAUUUUUAAGCUUUUUUGUAAUCUUCGGAGCACACCAGCUUUUACGCAGAGAUGCCUAUCCGCUGGUCCGCACGCCUGUGAUCAGCAUACGGAGCUUCGUGUCUGCUUCAGCCGGACUUGGGGCUUUGCAGAUCGGACAGAAUGGCAGCGGGAGUCGCCGCUUGGCUACCCUUCGCCCGGGCGGCAGCCAUAGGAUGGAUGCCGGUGGCGAGCGCGCCUAUGCCGACCCCGCCACGGGACAAGAGGCGGACGCAGGACGGGCUCAUCAUUCUCAACGUCAGCGGUUCGAGGUUUCAAACUUGGCGGAACACUCUGGAGAGAUACCCGGACACUUUACUCGGAAGCACAGAACGCGACUUCUUCUAUCACGAGGAGACCAACGAGUACUUUUUCGACCGCGACCCAGACAUCUUUCGGCACAUUUUGAAUUUCUACCGCACCGGGAAACUGCACUACCCGCGCCACGAGUGCAUCUCCGCGUACGACGAGGAGUUGGCGUUUUUCGGGAUCAUACCGGAGAUUAUCGGGGACUGCUGCUAUGAAGAGUACAAAGACCGCAGGCGAGAGAAUGCGGAACGCAUUGAGGACGACGAGGAUAAAGACAACAACAACGACCUGGUCCCGCCGGACAUGUCGUUCCGCGAGACCAUGUGGCGGGCUUUCGAGAACCCGCACACGAGCACCAUGGCGCUGGUGUUCUACUACGUCACGGGGUUCUUCAUAGCCGUCUCCGUCAUGGCCAACGUGGUGGAGACGGUGCCCUGCGGGAAGACCCAGAACCGGGUGGAGAUGUCCUGCGGCGACCGUUACGCCCUGGCCUUCUUCUGCCUGGACACGGCGUGCGUCAUGAUCUUCACGGUGGAGUACCUGCUUCGGUUGAUGGCGGCGCCCAACAGGUUCAAGUUCGUCAAGAGCGUGAUGAGCGUGAUCGACGUGGUGGCUAUCAUGCCCUAUUACAUCGGCCUGGUCAUGAGCGACAACGAGGACGUGAGCGGAGCCUUCGUCACCCUCCGGGUCUUCCGCGUCUUUCGGAUUUUCAAGUUCUCGCGCCACUCGGCGGGCCUCCGGAUCCUCGGCUACACGCUGAAGAGCUGCGCGUCCGAGCUCGGCUUCCUGCUCUUCUCCCUCACCAUGGCCAUCAUCAUCUUCGCCACCGUCAUGUUCUACGCCGAGAAGGGCUCCACCGCCAGCAAGUUCACCAGCAUCCCCGCCGCCUUCUGGUACACCAUCGUCACCAUGACAACGUUGGGGUAUGGGGACAUGGUUCCUAAGACCAUCGUGGGCAAGGUGUUUGGCUCCAUCUGUUCUCUGAGUGGCGUGCUGGUGAUCGCUCUGCCCGUGCCCGUCAUCGUGUCCAACUUCAGCCGCAUCUACCACCAGAGCCAGCGGGCAGAGAAGCGCCGCGCCCAAAAGAAAACCAGGCUUGCUAGAAUUCACGCAACGAAGAGCGGCGGGACUAACGCUUAUUUGCAGUACAAACGCAACGGGCUCCUGGCCGAGAACGAGGAGGAGGCUUGCAAGGAGGCGGGUCAGGCUCUGGUGUGUAAGGCCAACCCAGUCUUCCAGACCGAGCACCAUCACCUGCUGCACUGCCUGGAGAAGACCACGAACCAUGAGUUUGUGGACGAGCAGACGUUCAAGUCCAGCUGCCUGGAGGUUUCCAUGGUGAAGGCUCCGUCGCGCUCCUCCUCCGUCUCCUCGGCGACCAGCGCCGGGGGCGUCGGCCUGUCGUCAUGCUGCUCGCGGCGGAACAAGCGCAAGAGCUUCACCGUCGCCAACGCCAACAUGGCCGCCCGGAGGGGCAGUGUUCAGGAGCUCAGCACCAUCCAGAUCAGAGAGAGGCCCAUCACCAACAGUCGCUCCAGUCUGAAUGCUAAGUUCGACGAGACGGUGCGGCUGAACUCGGAGCCUCCAUACUUGACGGCGGCGGUCAUCAGCAUGCCCACGCCACCGGUCACCACUCCGGAGGGCGACGAGUCGGCCAGCACGCCCGACUUCCUGCAGAGCAACAUCGUGCGCGUCUCGGCGCUCUAAAAAGACGACACCCCCCCCCCCCCCCCCCUGUUUUGCCGAAGUCUCGCGCAGCCGUCACGCUGUGUGUCACGUCGCAUCACGUAACGUAAACGUCAAAACGUCACGCGCGCUCUCCAAACCGACCAGCUUUUUAAUCGUGGCCCUUCUUCACCUGUAGAUGAGCGGGAGGGGGGAAGUCCAGUUUCAAACUAGGAAGUGGAAAAAACGUUUUAACCACCACCCGCCCCCCCACGCACACAUUUACACACAUACAUACAUACACACACACACACACACACACACAUAAACAACCCUACCCCCUCCCACCACCUCCGCUGAAGAGAGGGAUUGAUUGAGCGAGGAGCGGAGGAGGACAAGGAGGAAAAGCGAGAGGGGGAGGAGGAGGAGGAGGAGGAGGAAGAGCAGGAGAUGGACCUUUUUUUCCGUUCCUACACGUAGCUCUGCUUUGCGCCGGAACCCACAGUGCAAAGCCAUGCCACGCACACAGAGGCCCAUGGCGCAGCUCCAUGCUGGAGCUUAUGGGUCCUCUGGCGCAGCUGCGUGCUGGGACUCACUAGGCUUUUAACUGGUAGAGGAGAUAUUAUCAUUACCUACGUAACUAUUUUUCUGAGUAUUGUGCGUCUUUUAAUUCACUGUCUUAAGGUGGU